CACUCCCUCUCUAAAUCCCACCGCCUCCGCCUCGCUUGCUCCCUCUUCGACUCCGUAAACCCCUCCCCAUCCCCCCUCACCUUCAACGCCCUCGUCUCCGCCUCCGCCCUCAACGGCCGCCCCGACCAUGCCCUCUCAAUUCUCCAACUCAUGCGCGAAAGAUUCGACCUUUUGUCCGACCACGCGAAUUACACCCUCAUCGUCCAGUCUCUCCUCCGUUGCCCCGACCCCCCCGACCCAGCUUUGCUCCUCUCCGUCCUCUCUGACCUCAAUUCGCAGUCCAUUGAGUCUGAUGCUCGACUCUUAUCCGAUCUCAUUCUCGCAUUCUCGGUCUCCGGGAAUCCUGAUAGGGCUCUGUCGCUUCUGGCUGUUGCACAGGCUCAGGGGCUUACACCGAAGUCUCCUGCGGUUGUGGCGCUUAUAUCGGCACUGGGGGCUGAGGGACGAGUUGAGGAGGCUGAGGCCGUUUUCGAGGAGAUUAGGUGCGAAGGGCUGCAGCCGAGGAUUAGGGCUUACAAUGCUUUGUUGAAAGGGUAUGUAAAGGUUGGGUCUUUGAAGGAUGCAGAGCAGGUGUUUGGUGAAAUGGAGAGGUGUGGGGUGUCUCCGGAUGAGAGGACGUAUAGCUUGUUAAUUGAUGCCUAUACCAACGCGGGGAGGUGGGAGAGUGCAAGGAUUAUGAUUAAGGAGAUGGAGGAGAAGGAGGUGCCGCCGAAUUCUUAUGUUUUUGGUAGGAUUCUUGCGAGUUUUAGGGAUAGAGGUGAUUGGCAGAAGGCGUUCUCAGUGUUGAGGGAGAUGAGGAAUGUUGGGGUUAGGCCCGAUAGGCAUUUUUAUAAUGUGAUGAUCGACGCAUUUGGGAAGUAUAAUUGUUUGCAUCACGCGAUGGAUGCAUUUGAUCAGAUGAGGGCGGAUGGGAUUGAGCCUGAUGUUGUUACAUGGAACACGUUGAUUGAUGCACAUUGUAAGGCGGGGAGGCAUGAUAAGGGGAUGAAGCUGUUUGAUGAGAUGAAGGAGAGCGGGUGUAAGCCCUGUAGGACGACUUAUAACAUUUUGAUCAAUUCACUAGGGGAGCAGGAGCUGUGGGAGGAGUUGAAGGAGGUGUUGGAGAGGAUGAAAGGUCAAGGUUUGAUGCCAAAUGUGGUGACUUAUACUACGUUGGUUGAUGUUUAUGGGAAGUCAGGGAGGUUUAAGGAUGCGAUUGAAUGUUUGGAGAUGAUGAAGGCUGUAGGUAUGAAGCCCUCGCCGACCAUGUAUAAUGCAUUAGUCAAUGCAUAUGCACAGAGGGGACUAUCAGAGCAAGCUAUAAAUGCAUUUAGAGUAAUGAGAGCAGAUGGAAUAAAACCUAGUAUUUUAGUUCUGAACUCUUUAAUUAAUGCAUUUGGUGAAGAUCGAAGGGAGGCUGAAGCCUUUUCUGUACUGCAAUUUAUGAAGGAAAAUGAUAUAAAGCCAGAUGUUGUGACGUAUACAACUCUUAUGAAAGCUUUAAUCCGCGUUGAGAAGUUUGAAAAGGUACCAUCCGUCUACGAGGAAAUGAUUUUAGCGGGAUGCAAUCCUGACAGGAAAGCUAGAGCUAUGCUGCGUUCGGCCCUGAGAUACAUGAAGCAGACGCUGAGCUCAUAGCAUAUCCAGAACAAGAAUGUUAGUGAGCAAGAACUACCAUUUCUUGACUAGGGUUCUGGUUGAUCCCAUCAAAGGGAAGAGUCAUGAGCUAGUGGAAUAUAGAGGAGAUGCUCCUGAAGAAAUUGACCCAUACUUAUUCUUUUUUGAACAAAAGUGAUCAUAAACUUGAAGCUCCACAGAAACAUUCAGACCAAGAGGUCAGUGUACCCUUUCCACACUGCCCACUCACGAAAAUGUUUGUAUGAUGUAUGUGCAUAUGUAUUUAUUAAUAUUAUUUUAAAUUCCGGUAAGCAAUUCAAUCCAUCUUCAACGUCUCCUCUUCAAUGUAUACCCCAACUGUGGUAUGUAUGAAGAUUGACAGUGAUGUCCUUAGGUUAUGUCCGUACUUGGUUCCGUUCUUUGCUUCUACGAGAGCUUACUGCUAACUGCUACUGUUGGCUUUUAGCGGGGAAGAGUGAUCAAUUGAUGGAUAGUAAGAGCAGAUGCUUGCUUAGAAAUGGAUCAAUAUUUACAAGAUUGUGACUUAAGAAAUUCAUUGUCGGUUUUUGUAUGUCACAUGUUUAGCAUAGGAGAAAUAUUAAACACGGUGUUGACUUGUGCUCAAUCUGUAUUUUAUUCAUAUUACUUGAUUGAGCCAUCUAUGAACAGGCACUUGAUAUAAAUUAUCACCAUUAUGUUGUAAUUGUUGGAACAUCCCCUCUUCAAGUUUUGUAAUUGUGGCCGUCUGCCUGUUGGUAA